GGGAGGGGCGGAACAGCACUGCAGCAGUGCGCUCUGCUCAAGAGGGAGAGCGAGAGCUGUCUCCGGUAAUGUUCCAAUACGCCCUCUCCGCCCCUGCCGCUAGAGAGACAGGUGGUCAUCCUCGAGCGCUCCCCGUUAAAAGAAGAAAACAAAUCGGUUGACAGACAGCGGUGGGACUGCUGUCGCGAGGCAAGCGCGUCCCGGAUGGAAUUGGAGCCGGUGACCUCCGAGCAGCGAGCACUGGGCAGAGAAGAGAGAGGGGGGGGGGAGAGCAACUUGGUGAGAGAACCUCACCGAUUUACGUUUACGUUUCUCACCAUGACUCUUGCGCUGGCUGCUUUUCCGCCACAGCGGAGGGGAUUCUUAUUCUCCUACAGAAGAAAGAAACCGACAAACCUCUGAGGCAAACCAAAGAGAGAGCAUUACCGGGAAUUCCGCUCUGUUCCAUUAUUCGGUUGGAUCCUAAUAGCUGGUGGAAGUUGUCCCGGUGGGGGUUAUGAUGGCUUCGGGCACCGGUAAAGCCCCGCAGCCCCCCGGGCCAGGCUCCGGUAGCCUUAAUGGGACUGCAACAGACUUACCGAACAUAGAACAGGAGCUGUACGAUUAUCAGAUGCAUGGAAAGAUGUGCAAGAAGAUAGCUCAGCUAACCAAGGUGAUCUAUUCUCUGAACACUAAGAAUGAAGAGCAGGAGGCGGCCCUUCAGGCCAUAAGCCACGCCCACCGGGAAGAGCUGAGCCGGGUUGCCGUGGAGAUGUAUCCCGAGGGGGAGGAGUCCGUGCUUAGGACACGCCUCUUAGAGCUUCAGGGAACUCUAGCUCAGGUUCAGGCAGACUUCGAGAGCUACCGUGUCCAGGCAGAGGAGAGGGAUCGUGGGGUAGAGGCAGAGCGGACGAGGGACUACGAGGAAAAGCUCCGGGCCCUGGAGCUGCAGAGACGGGAGGCCCGGGCCCAACUCAACGCGGCCCACGACGAGAGCCUCCGACUGGGUAGGGAACUGGAGAAGGCCGGGGAGGCCGCACAGUGCACGGAGGUCCGAUGUGAGGAGCUACGGAAGAAAGGAGAAGAGGAGCGAGGGAAGUGGGAGGAGACUGAGAGAAGGACACUCCUCUCGGAGGAGGUGAAGACUCUGAGGAAAUGGAAGGAGCAGGCGGAGGGAGAGAGGGAGGAAGCAGUGAGAGAGGAGACGGAGAAGUGGGAGAGGCGGAUAAAGGAGGUGACACAGGAGAAGGAGGAGGAGAAGAGGAGCAUGGAGGAGGCGUACAGGGAGGAGAGACGGCAGUGGGAGGAGAGAGAGGAGGAGGAGAAGAGGCGCAUGGAGGAGGCGUACAGGGAGGAGAGACGGCAGUGGGAGGAGAGAGAGGAGGAGGAGAAGAGGCGCAUGGAGGAGGCGUACAGGGAGGAGAGACGGCAGUGGGAGGAGAGAGAGGAGGAGGAGAAGAGGCGCAUGGAGGAGGCGUACAGGGAGGAGAGACGGCAGUGGGAGGAGAAGAGAGGGAGGAGUACGGUACUGAGAGAGAGAGUGAGGAAGGUGGAGGGAGAGAUGGAGAGCAGUCUGCAGCAACUCAACGAGAGCAAGAGACACGCUGCCAAACUACAGGGCAGAAUACAGGAUCUGGAGGAUGAGUUGGAGUCGGGGAGGAGGCGUGUCUCAGAGGCAGAGGGAGGGGCUAAGAGGGCAUGGGAGGAGUUAGUCGUGGCCAAAGAGAGACUACUGCUGCAGGAGGAGGAGCUGCAGACCAAAUCAGAGGAGCUGCUGAGUCGUGGUGUGUGUGAGGGGUGUGUGUGUGUUAACAUGGAGGAGCUGAAAGGUCAGAUGAACAGACUGCAGAGCAGGAACAGGGAGCUGGAGUUACAGAGCAGCGGGAGGAACAGCGACCACGCCAGGCAGAUCCGACAGCAUGCGGAGGCCCUGGCUAGUCUGCGUUCUGAGAUGGUGAGGGCCCAGUCAGAGGAGCUCCGAGAGAACGGAGACACGCAGAGAGGGAUGGAGCAGGUGGAGGAGGAGAAGAAGAGAGGGAUGGAGCAGGUGGAGGAGGAGAAGAAGAGAUUGGCAGAGCAGGCGGAAGUAGAGAGGAACAGAUUGAAGGAUCAGGUGAAGAGAGCGAUUGAAGAGGUGAUGAGGAGACAUGCAGCUGAACUCCACAACGCCCAGGAAGCACUGAGGAGGAACCAGGAGGCGUGUGUGCGUGUGCAGGAGGAGAGGAGGAGCGGUGAGGAGGUGUGUCGAAGGCUGGAGACCGAGAGGGAGGAGCUUGGAGAGCAGCUGCAGCAAGCAACCAAUCAGAUCUGGCGUUUGGAGUGUGUUAUGCAGAAGCAAAGUCAGGGGGGUGUGGCCUCUGAAACUCCUCCCACCUGCGGAAUCCACUGUUCCCACCUCCGAGAGGAACUACAGCACACACAGGAAGAGAUGGAGCGAGAGAGAGUUACCAGAGAGAGAUGAGGCCUGAGAACAGACAAACAGAGACUGGAGGAGAAGGUUCUAGAGUUCAACCAGCGGACCCAAGAGAACACGGACAGAAACGUUCUAGAACACGGCCAAGAGAAAACUGACGAGAGAAUCCGGGCAGAGUGUGAGGAGCGCCUGAGGGCGGAGUUUAAGGCGGAGCUUGAUGCGGCUGUUGCCACGAGCAACCAGAGAGAGCAGGAGCUGCAGACUCAACUAGCCGAUCUACAAUCACAGGUGGAGAGGAAGGCGGGGCCAGCAGAGGAUCACCAUGACGACAGUGAGAUUGACAGGCUGCGAAUGGAGGUGCAGGAGACCAGAGACAUGAACCAGAGACUGAGAGAGCAGCUGCAGGAGGAACCACACGUACACUUGAAAGAGGAACAACAGAGAAACGCUGAAGAACGACUGAGGCACACGGCGGCGUUGCAGGAUCUGGAGAGACAAGCUCAGGAGGACCUGCAGACAGAGAAGAAGAGACUACACAGUCUACACCUGUUACAGCUAGAUAAGCAGGGUGCAGAGCUGAGCCAGCAGUACACAGAGUGGAGUAGGCAGUUGACCCAGAGACACAUGAAACACAUUGAAGACCUGCAGACUGAACUACACACACACACAGAGAUGACGGCCCUGCAACAGGACUUGAAGCAACAGAACCAGUACCAGGUGUUUGAGCGCCAGCUGGAUGAGAGUCGCUGUGCCGUUCUGGGACUACAGAGGGAGAACGCUGUACUGAGGGAACAGCUGAGGUCAGGAGAGGAGGAGCUGAGAAGAGAAAGAGAAGUGAAGGAGAGAGAGGAGGAAGCACUGGAGCUGGAGCGACUGAGAGAACACAUGGAGAGACUGGAAGAGGCUCAGAAACAAAGGGAGAAACAGAGAGAAGAAGAGAUGAGAGAAGAGGAGGCGAAGGAGGAGGAGGAGAAGAGGAGAGAGGAGGAGGAGAGGAGAGAGGAGGAGGAGGAGAAGAGGAGAGAGGAGUUGAAGAGCGAGCACAGGAAAGCGAUACAGAGUCUGGUGUGUGAAUACAGCAACUCUCAGACACAGCUACAGGCUCGCAUAGUGGCCCUGGAGACAGAGCUGCGGGAGCGGGAGGAGAGGUGCAGGAGGAGAGAUGUUCCUCUCUGUGAUGAUCUCCAGAUGGGGAGACUACAGGAGAGACUCACUGAGAGAAACCAGCUCAUCAAACGCCUGGUGGAGGAACGACAUCAACUGCAGCUUCAUCCUCCGGUUGCCGGGGACAACGGAACCCUCAGGCUCCAUGACAACAGGCCACACCCCGGGAACGUUACACCAACUAUGAGGAGGAAGCGUCUGGAGGAGUCUCCGCCCCAUGUCACCAGCGUUCCGAACCUCAGCGCCUAUGAGAGGAGCCUCCUACUCCCCCACGAUACCCCCUCCCCCUCCCUCCCCCAACAUCCCUCCCCCUCCUCAACUCUGUCCUACGCCUCCUCCUCUCUCCCUCGUUCCUCCCCCUCCCUCCCACGUACUCCCAGGUCUCCCAGUAUGGAACCCAGCGGUCGCGGCCUUCCCUCUCGUACCCUCACCCCCCUCCCCCCUGCUCCCACCACCCCCCUCCCCCUCUGUCCAUCCCCCCUCCCCGAGCCUCGACACGGGAUUCGCCACGUCACCUCACCCUCGCAGGAGCUCCGCCCACACCUGCACAACCAGUCAACCAGGAGCCCAUAUUUGGAGCAGAGGGGGAGUGGCCAGGGGGCAGAGGGGCGGGACCCUCAGAGUCAGGAGUGGUACACCAAGUACUUCUCCUUCUGA